UGAUAUUUCGCACAGUAAAUUGGAGGAUCUUCCCUAAUUAGGGAAAAUUAAUUGACCAUGUAUUCGAGCAGCAACGGUCUGCGAAAGCCAAGGCGAGUUGGCUUCUUGGUGAGUCGGCGAAAGAUGAGGAAAUCGAUUUUCGACACCUUUGCGCUCUUAUGCGAGUACGUUCAAUUUUUUGAGCUUGUUUUUUGGUGAUUAAUUUAUAAACAUUAUCAUGAUCAAGAUCCAUUUCAAAUGGUUCAAAUUUUCCUGAGGGUAUUAAUUUUUCUUCUUUUUACACUCUAGGAAAACGGGCAUUGAUUUGGUCGAGGUAGGUUUUCUUGUACAUUUCACUGUCCGAUCUUCGAUGUACGAUUUGAUUCCGUAUAACUUAAUUACAGAUGUGUGUGUUGGCCUACCUGUAGUAUUUUGCUCUGUUGAUCCCCUGAAUUGUUUGUUUCGAUGAUAUUGGAAAUAAGAUCCGUUUUGUAUAUUGUCAAUUCCAUAUGCAGAGAAACGAGACAAGUGCAUCCAGCUUGUUUUUCUGGAAUGUCGUAUUCCAAUUCCUGGGACUAGAACUUGUAUUAGUUAAGCUUAAUUUAUAAGCUUUAUAAAACGAAAUUUGUUAUUCAAUUGUACUUUGAAGAGUAGGAAUAAACCUAUCCACUGGUAAUGGAAGGUUUUCUUAGCUCUAAAUACGAAUGCAGGUUUCAGAAGUGAACUUAUUAUCCUUUUGCCAAACUUCAGAACACCCAGCCACUUAUUUGGGUCACCUUGAAUAACGAAAUUGUCUGUUGUAUUAUGCCUAGUUGUCCUAAGUUUUCUGGAAAGUGACUAGGUAUUCUGAAGUUGUUAUAAUUGUAGUCAUGUAUUUUAAUAAAGUGGGGCAGUGUUGAGGUUGAUUAUCAAGGCUCCGUCUAAAUAUAACCACAGCCCGGGGGAACCACAGGCCACUGGCAAGUGGUUUCACUGCAAAAUUUUGAACACUUUGACAUCAUUUCUUUGGUCGACAAGAGUACAGACCAUGUCAAUGUGUUAAUCAAUUUUAUUUUCAAGUAUAAAUUUGCAGUAUUUUGAGACUAACAGACAUUGGAGCAUGAUGUCCUUUAACAAAAACUUUUUCAAUAUCUCAAUAAUAUUGAUCUUUGAUACUCAUUAUAUUAUUCUCAGUUUUCACAUAACAUCACCAAACUUCAAACUAAGGAAUUAUCGAUCCAUCUAAGUUUUCACUUUCAUGAGGUAUCACAGCAGCUAAACACCUUUUCUUACAAAAGGGUUUUUCAUUUUCCAAUAGGAGGCACUUGAAUUUUAAAGCUUUUGCAAGAUGCAGCAUUUAUCUGUCGCCUGGGAAACCUCUUAUGUGGGUUAAAAACGUUACUAGUUUUUUGAGAUUUUGUUAUCUAAACAUUCCUUGUCUCAGAAUAAAAUAUUACUUUAAUCUCAAUGACUUUCUGUUUUGAAUGGGUUACAUUUUUUUAUUUUGAAUGGUGUGACAGUGAAAACAGUAGAAUUCACAAAUUUAGUAGCACCAGCAUAAAUACCUUAACAAAACAUGAACAAAAAUAGUGAAAAUCAAACUGAUUAACCAAAAGAUGGGUCAUUUAAUGAUCCUAACUUUUGACUCUUUUAAUUCCGAUAAUCUCUCUUUAAUAAUAUUUGUCGUAUUUACUUUUUAAAAGGUUGACAUGGACAGACCAUUGGAAGAACAGGGACCAUUUGACCUUAUCAUUCAGAAGCUUACAGACUACAUGGCAGCUGCAAUUGAUGGGAGUCAAGAUGCCAUGAAAACAUUAAAAAGACUUGAGGUGAAAGGAGUGAAGUCGUAAUCUUUUGCCCCCAUUCUUUUGUGUCUGAAUACCUUCUUAUAGGAAGUUAACCCUUCAAGAUAUUGAAAUUUGCGUUAAUUUAAGUCGCGUUAAUUUUUUGAAACAUUAAUUUCUGUGCCAUUAAUUAAUUGGAGCAUUGAUAUUUCUACGACCUUAAUUUCAUUAUUUUGGAUACACUUCUGACAUUCUUGACACACUUACGAAAGAGGAGUAUUCUAUCAGGAUGGAGAUCUGCUGGUAACAAUGAAACUGUGAAGAACCCACGAAAUGGUCAGAUUUCUUUGCUUGACCCCGUCUUAUGGGUGGGAAAAGUACCACGAGCAAAGUUUCCAUUUCAGAUUAUACAUUUAACUUUGUUUCUGUUGUCUCAACUAGUUUAGUUUCUUUUUGAGCAUUUUAUUUAUCUGCUUCAUUUUGAAAUGUUACCCUCUCUUUUGUGUUAAUUUUCUUCCUUUGGAAGUCAUUUUGCACUAUUAAAAGUCGCAUUAAUUGAAGUCCUGUUAAUUUCCCAUACUUCAAUUUCAUGGAGCAUUUUUAAUUUCCUGUAACAAGGUAAUUGGGUUCCAAUGAGCUGUAUCUCAGGCCUUAGAACUGGGAGGCAGCAUGGCCAAGUGGUCAGCUUGUUGGACUCGCAAUCUGGCAAUCGCGGGUGCGAGUCCCACUCUUGCCACUUGCUGGAUUUGUUCUAGGUUGUCCCUAGUUCAACAGCCACAUUUAUAAAUAGCCAACUGGUUGCCUCCUGCCAGCUGGGGUUUUUUAUCCUGUUAUGUUGUGUUUGAAUGAUUUUUUUCUAAGUAUUUGAGUGGAUCACUAAGUCUUGUAAACUAGCUGGAUAAGCUAAGAGCACUUUCCACCAUAGACAAGCCUUUAAACCCUUUUUAAACCUUUAUCCCCCUUGAAUAUGCAAGACUGUCAUAUCUCUAACUUAAAAGCGCCACCUGGUUAGCUCUGUUGGACAAGCACUGGUCUACCAAGCGGGAGGCUGCUGGUUCAAACCCCGACUGGACCAACACUCAGGGUCUUAAAAUAACUGAGCAGAAAGUGCUACCUUUGUAAAGACAACUGCAAACAGUUAGACUUGACUCUAAAUUUUAGGCCCUGUCUCAACCCUUGCACUUGUAAAUUCUGUGGGAUGCUGAAGAACUCACACAAUGUUUACAAAAGAGUAGGGGGCAUAUCAUCCCCGGUGUGGUGGUCUAUCUCUCAUGGUGGAGGGGACUGUUAUGAGCCCGUAGUACUUAUUGGCAUCAAGUAUUGUUGCAGUGACCCUGCCAAAUUUGGUGAACCUAAGUAAACUUUUCAACUUCUUUUACCCAAAUAUUUGCCAUCAAGUUUCAUGUUAGCUUUAAAAUGCUUUUUUCUGACCUUGCAUUUUAGAUCUACAUAAAAGACCACCCUGAAGUCAUUGUGAUUGAUCCGAUGGAGUCUGUCAGUAAGCUUUUUGACAGAACAACAAGCUACCGGAUAAUGAAAGAAUGUGAAAUACUAGAAGAAGGUUAGUUGAGAUUAUUGAAGUUAUUUUAAUUUGUAUUCUUGUUGUUUGAUGAUAUUAUUAUUGAAAGUUAGUGAGUGCUACAAAAUGUUUAGUGGUGAGCAAAAGAUUUAAUAAUUCAUUGUUUUGUGGCUAGUAGUGAAUACUUUAAGGAAGGGAAGGGUGAUAUUGUGGUUCUGAUCAGUUUCUAUUAGUACAGUUUUAUAACUGUCUAAUAUCCAUGUACAAAAAAAUGAUAGGAAACUGAAAGACGGCGUGGAUAUAUACAAAGUGAAGUAAAAUACCUGCUGUGAAAGAUUUUAAUUUCUCACAGCUGAAAUCCAUUAAUACUGUGCACUGUUUUAUUACAGUUAAAAAUAAAUGUAAUAUUUUUUCUUUGUUUGUAAACAUAAGGUGUUUAUAAUAUAAUACGUGUCAAAAGCUGCUUACUACAGCACACAAAAGGUUAGAAUGUUUCUUUGUUGAAUGCCUUAAAAAGACAUUCAGGCCCUAAAAUUUCCUUCAAAUAUACAUACACUGUAGGACACCUGAAUAUUAAGAUCUUUCCCUACAGAUAACCCACCCUGCCCAGGAAAGGUUGGCCACACCAUGGGGGCCUACAUGUGUAUGUCCCCUACUCUUUUUGAACAGUGGUGUGGCUUCGUUUAUGUCCCACAAGAACCAGUAAGUGAAAGUGCUGUGAGAUGGGACCUACAGAUUUUCGUCCUUAUCCGAGAAGACUAGAAAGUCCGACCUUUUGCAGAUGUUAUUACAAAGGCAGCACUUUUUUUCUCAGUUAUUUAAAGAACCUGAGUGUUGGUCCGGCUGGGUUUUGAACCCACGACCUCCCACUCAUUAGACUGGCACUCUUCCAACUGAGCUAACCAGGUGGUGGUAUUCAUAUACUAUUAUAUGCUAUUUGCGUACUAUUUUGAUAUGAAUAUUUUAUCAUCAGGAAUAACUACAUGUCCAUUUUCUUUAUGUGCUAUUUUUGUUGUAGGAGUAAGAGUUUUUAUUCCUAAUUUCGUGCAAAUUGAUGCAAUGGAUCACAAGGAAAACUUGAGAAAAAUAGAAAAUGCUGGUGUUUCAUAUCCAAUGGGUGAGUGACAACAAUCCCUUAAAAAUAAUAAAAAAAGUAAUAAUAAUUUUCAUAAAGGUGCCUACAAUAGUUUCUCUAUAUACACAGGAAGAUAUUGCUUCAUUGAGGAGGUGUACAGCUGUAAAUUGACAUUUGAUUGGCACCUUGAACUCAAGCCUUAAAUUUAUCAGCUUCUCAAGAUAGUCAAUAGACAUUUCUAAUGUGAAAAAAAAGUUAUGAAUAAAGAAUUCUGAACAACUGCAUAUUUUUCUUGGUAUGUGUAACACAGUGAGACCAUCUUAAUUUUUUGGAAUUUAGUCUGAUAAAAAAUAGCAGUAUAUCCAUAUCUGAGAUGUUUCUAGAACCAGGUAUGAACAAAUGUCUUGAUAUCUGCAAUGAAAAUUUACCUACUAAACUGUGUAAUAUUAUUUUGAAAUACCAGUUAUAGUUUGCAAGAAUCUGUCUUAUCUGUUUGGGUGAUACUCUCAUGUUCCUGUCCCAAACCUUUCAUAUUCAAGACAGCUUACCUAUAUUACAGUCAAAAUUAUUCAGUUAAAGGGAUGUGAAAAGGACAUGCUAGAGUUCACUCAGUGCUUCAAAAGCAAUUACCGAGGUCACCUGAAAGUGUCAAUAUGAAAGUAAGAGGAAACAUGUGAGCUUUCCAUCUGGACAUAGAAAAGUGUCCAUUAUGACUGGGUGUCCAAAUCAAGUGGGUGUCUGCAGGGCAGCCAGGCUCCAUGAGAGUAAUUUGUUUUGUCUUUUUCAGUUUGUAAAACUGUUAUUGGACAUGGAUCAGAAUCAUGCCAUGAGGUAUUAUGAGAUUUGUAUUGUAGAAAUAAAGAGAACAAAAAACAUAUUAAGAAACAUUUUUCAUUACCUAAAAGCACUUAAGGCUUUUCGAGGUUUUUUACGGACUAUUUUUCCUUUUCCAUCUUUGGUCUGUAUAGUUGUGCUUUUAUUUAACAAGUGAUGCCUACAUAUAGAACAAUCUCUGUCUGUUCAAAUGUGUUUGUUACGUAUAUAUAUGCAAAAAGUUACUUUUUUGGACUGAUUGGAAGUUACUUUAUUUCAGAUGUCAGUUAUAUUUAACGAAGAGGGACUCAAGGAUCUAAUGCCUCCUUGUGUUGUUCAACAGUUUGUUAACCACAAUGCCGUUUUAUUUAAGGUAACUGUGAUGGUUUCAUUUCAUGGUUGGUAAAGUAUGGCUGAAAAGACACCUUUCUUUACAGCUCGUUUUAAGCAAAGCAGGUAUCUUAGACAAUAAUUCAGAAAAACAGUGAAUCUUAGAGCACCAACAAAAAAUUAAGUGUUUAAAUGUGACAAUAGGCCGAUCAAAACACACCAAUGACGUUAGGAGUCUUCGUAGCCAAUAACAUCACAGCUUAACUGACAGACAACCAAUAACAGCGUGACUUAAUUGACCAAUCAGGUCAAUAUAACCAGAGUUUAAUAACAUCAACUGACUGAAUACAACUCACUUUGAUGCUGAAGAUGAAGAUGACUACCGUACAGGAUGUCGAAACGUCAGUUACUGUCAACAACAACAGUCCUAUUCAAUAAUUAUGUAGACGUAAGGGUAUAACAACAGUGGGACAAAAAAGGAAUUUUGCUGUAAAGUGCAGCUGUGCAAUGACGUGAGCAUUUUAUUUUGUAUCGUAAGACACAAUUUGUGAUGGCAUCAUUUACUUACUUACUUCUUUCAUUUAACAGGUUUUUGUAGCAGGGAACAAACACUAUAUUGUAAAGCGACCUUCAAUAAAGAAUUUUUAUAGUACUGAUGGUAAGUUUCUUUAGUCUUUAGUAGUUGUAGUAGUUGUAGUUCCGGAUCAAUGAAGGUUUCUGGGAAACUGCCCACCUACCCCUCCCCUAAGGUAACAAUAACACUUACUUCUCACUUAGGGGAAAAAAGAUGGCUUAGGGGAGGGGUAGGUGGGCAGUUUCCCAGAAACCUAAAGUGAUCUGUAGUUCCUUCUAUUGACAAAGCUGGCUUUGAAUAUUACAAUUAACAGUAAAAUUUUUGGGAUUUAACCAACCAACUUAAACUUUAGAGUUAAUUUUAAAAAGUACAUUAGUUAACUCCUGUUGUUUAUUGAACAGAAAAUAAGGGUGUGUAGAAAACUCAGACCCUCAGAAAAUGUAGUAAUUUUCAUGUGUGCUCAAGUAUUUUGUGCACUCUACUAUCCCUGAAUGAGGGCCUCUUAGUUGGGGGUGGGUGGGGGGGGGCAUUUACAGUGUAUGUUCUUUGUCUGAAUUUCAAAUAUUGUCGUUUUUGCAUUUUGAGGAGUAGGCUAUGUCCCACUGUUUUAAGGCCAUGUCACUUGUCAUAAUUUUAUCCUAACAGGGUCUCCUGAACAUGAGGGACAAACUGCAUUCUAAUACAGAGCUGACACUAAGAUUUAUUAGAAUUGCUGGCUUUGUGAGAUUAGUAGGCAGGGAAUUGAGCAACUAAGAAGUUAUUAUGGUUCUAUUUACCUUUUGUUUCUUAUGAAAGGAGACAGGGGGUAAUGCUUACAGUUACAAGGGGAAAUCAUGUCAAGUUUGCAUGUGCAUAACCAAUUACUUACUGUUAUGAUGAGGGCCGUAGGUUAGAAAACUGUAAUAGGUUAUUGCGCUUCCCUCUUUAAAUAAAGUUAUUGUAUUGUAUUGUAUUGUAUGAUAACAUGUCAUUCUUUGCAACAGCUAAGGACAGAAAAACAAUAUUUUUCUCAUCACAUGACGUUUCUAAACCUGACUCUGGUUCAUAUCUUAGUGAGGUGAGUGUAAAAUAUUUGACUUUUGUUUGUUUUUUGGGCAGUGCCCAAAUGAAGUUGCAGGGAUGGUCAGAUUGGCUUCAAAGUUGCAGUAGGUCUGUGGCAAGACUGGGCAUGCAAAUCCAGACCAAGCCUAUGAACGCAGAGGUGUUUGCACCCCUCUUCUUGCGCCAAGUAUUUUGUUCCCCAUGUGUCAUGCAUGCGUCAUUACUAGAUCUCACCAGAAAUUGGUAGUAAAAAUUUUCGAUAUAGCGAAGUCCUUGGUAUAACCAACGAUUUUCUUUACCCCAGUAAUGGUAAAAUAGAUGGAAAAGAACCUCGAAAUGACAAAAACUCGUUAUAUAGCGAACUAAGUUUGCCAGUCCCUUGGUUUUUUGUUGUAUUGAGGUUCCAUUGUAUAUGACUUGCAUCGCACUUCUUAGCCUUAAUCUUGUGUUUGCAUUAGUAUUCUUAUUUGUUUACUCUCAAGUUUUUCUGUGUUUGAUAAUGUGCACUUUGCCCAAAUGAAUGCUUUCAAAGCAUCUUGUACAUGUCCUGCUAAACAAAUUCAUCAGCCACAUUAAGUUAAAUAAAGUUAUAAUCUUUAUUUAACAGUAGCACCUUUAUAAUGCCCAAAUUUUUGACAGUCUCAGCUCUCAUGACCAUGACAUUGUGUAAACAAGGUCAAGUCAGAUGGGGCUUGCUCUUAUUCCAGCCUCCCUCCCCUCUCCUAUAAAGGCUAUCUUUGGGCUUUUCAAUGGUAUUUUUUAAAGUUUUGUUUUUUCAUUAAGUGCCUCUGUUUUUGACUGAGUCAAUCCCUUUUUGCAAUGACAGCUGGAUGAAUAUGACAGUGAACCUAACGUUUCUGCCCCUGAUGAAAGUCUUGUUUUGAAACUUGUCAGGAAACUACGACCAAAGUUGGUAAGUCUAGUUUGUACAUAAAAUCUAACUUAGAAACUGCACAAUUAGGAUUGAAAUAAGGCAAGGGAAUAGCGGGAAUACGUAAGAGAAAAUAUAUGAGAACUGCUAAAAUUGGGCCUGAUCUCAGAUCAUGCAGUGUGCAAAAGCCUUUGUGCAUUCAGCAUCAUCACCUACGAUAAUACCAGCAUUGCUUAUCAAAGAUGUUCUCCAGAAUUUAUUGUUGUUUUUUUUUAACUCAGAAUUUAACCAUGUUUGGUGUCGACAUAAUUGUUGAAAAAGGAACAGGACAUCAUGUUGUCAUAGAUAUCAACUAUUUUCCUGGUAAGUGCAGUUGGUACAUGUUAAGUACUGUUUAAGAAGCGAGCAGGAGUGUAUCGCCGAGAGUUUUAAACCUGGUAGUACAUGACUGCGAGUUUUUCGAAUGGCUUCAAAAUCUCUGGUAUAGAUCAACUCUGUCUUGCACUAAUAAUUCUAGAUUCGCUUUAUUUUGGUCUAAAAAAUUGGUCGUAAAGUUUUAGCCGUGUCUUUAUCAGAUAUUUAAGACACUCAUAAAACAUUAAUUUUUUUGGUUGUUUCCUUUUUUAGUUAUUAAUGAGUUUUUGAAUUUUUUUUUACCCUUCUGUAGUAACUGUUGGUUUCACUACUUAGAUGUUCUUUUUCAUGUCUUGGUCUACAGGCUAUGAGGGUGCACCAUCAUUUCCGCUAGAUUUCGCAAAAUAUGUACAUGAAUUACUGGACAAGUCACAGGAAAAGGAGAGGACAUCUACAACUCCCAUACUUUUAAGUUGA